AUGAUGCCCCGCCGAAGGAGCCGUUACGUGCUCCUCGUCGCCAUUGUCAUGGUCUUCAUGCUGUACCAGGUCUUCAAGAGCCCCGAAUGGGAUGACACAGCAAACGCUAGCACCCUCAAGCCCAGCGAACCCGAAAAGGGUCAGGCCGCCCACAAGGAACCCGCGAAGCCGCCGUCGGUAAACGAUCCGGCCUCGAACAAGCACCUGAACAACAACCCGCCGCCCGAUCACGAACACCCCCACGACCAGGAGGAGGACGAACCCGAGCAGAACCCCCAGAAGCAGACGGCCAGGCCGACAGUCAAGAUUCCCCAGCUCAAGACCGAGAAAGUAAAGCCCGCCGCGCCCACCGAGACGCUGUCCGGCCCGACGCUGUCGAUUCAUGCCCCCAACGAGGCCGUUGAGGUCACCAAGAAGCCUGAGGUCACCAAGGGGCCGAUUAGCUCCCUCGACGACGACAUUCACCCCAAGAACCCCCCCGGCCGACCCAACUUGGACGUCUCGGAAGACCAGUCGAUCUCUACUUCGCGCGUUCAUUGGCACAAGGUCUCGGAGCAUUUCCCCGUCCCCACGGGCGAGAUCAUCCCUCUCCCGACCGGCAAACCCAAGGACAUACCCAAGAUUCAAUUCGCGUUCAAGCCCGAGACGGACUCCGCCAAGGAAAAGCGCGAAAAGCGCCUGGCCCUGGUCAAGGCCGAGAUGGAGCGCUCAUGGGGCGGAUACCGCAAGUUCGCCUGGAUGCACGACGAGCUUUCGCCCGUCAGUGGCCGCUUCCGCGACCCGUUUUGCGGCUGGGCCGCCACUCUCGUUGACGGUCUUGACACGCUUUGGAUCAUGGGCAUGAAGGAGGACUUCGAUGCGGCCGCCAAGGCUGUAAAGGAUAUUGACUUUACCUACAGCCCGACCCGCCGCGAUAUCCCUGUUUUCGAAACAAUCAUCAGAUACCUCGGUGGUCUGCUUGCUGCCUACGACGUGAGCGGCGGCAAGAAGGGCGAAUACAAAGUGCUGCUGGACAAGGCCCUCGAACUCGCCGAUAUCUUGAUGGGCGUUUUCGACACACCCAAUCGCAUGCCCAUCCUGUACUACAACUGGGAGCCCCAGUACGCAUCCCAGCCACACCGUGCUACCACCGUCGGGGUGGCUGAGUUGGGCUCAAUGAGCAUGGAGUUCACCCGCCUUGCGCAGUUGACCGGCGAAGACAAGUACUACGACGCCAUUGCGCGCAUCACCAAUGCCUUUGAGGACCUCCAGAAUCGCGGCACCGCCAUCGACGGUAUCUUCCCCGAGCAGCUCGAUGCUUCCGGCUGCAACAGGACUGCCGAGGCCAUCGCGUACCAAGAGGCACAAGCUGCUGCUGCGAGUGCGAGUGCCGCCGCCGCCCGUCUCAGCGAGUCUAAGGAACGCGAGCCCGCUACCGCCCAGGAGACCGUCGUGGCCAAGAGCUACGGCAGCGAACCCGAAGCCAACUCGAUUGCGAAACGGGCCGUCGGGGUCGACAAAGAUGGCGAGACCGUGGUGGAAAACGCAAAGGAUAUCGACAAGAAGCAGGCCUUCCCCGAGCCCAAGGUAAACGAGCAACCCAUCUACCCGGGUAACAGUGGCCGUAGACCGUCUCCCACAACGCCGGACAAAUCCUCGUGGGAGUGCAUCAAACAGGGCCUGGCUCCCGGUGGCUGGGGCUACCAGCAGUAUAGCAUGGGCGGGAGCCAAGAUUCCACCUACGAGUACUUCCCAAAGGAAUACCUCGUUCUUGGCGGCCUUGAACCCAAGUAUAAGACGAUGCACAUCAAGACAGUUGAGGCUGUCAAGAAAUGGCUGCUCUACAGACCCAUGGUCCCCAAAGAGAGAGACAUUCUCUUCUCGGCCAAGGUCUCCACCAGUGGCGACCCCGAGAACGACCUGCGAACCGAGUACGAGGUGACCCAUCUUACAUGUUUCAUCGGCGGCAUGUUUGGCUUGGGAGGCAAGAUCUUCGACAGACCUGAGGAUGUCGAGAUUGCCAAGAAACUCACCGACGGCUGCGUCUGGGCCUACGAAUCUAUGCCCUCUGGUAUCAUGCCCGAAGGUGCUUCUGUUGUGCCCUGCGCUUCUACGCAGAGCUGCCCUUGGAACGAGACCCUGUGGUGGGAGCACCUUGACCCGUCUGCUGAUUGGCGCGAGGCCCAGGUGGAGGCCUGGGAGAAUAGACAACGUGAGAAGAAGCAGGAGCAGGAUGAGCUCCGCAAGCAGUCCGUGGAGAGAGGCAAGGCCGACCUGACGGACAACAACCCCACGGGGAAGUCCAUUGAGGAAGAGACCCUUGUGCCGGAGAAGAAGGACCCGCUCGCCGACAUUCACGUCCCCAAGGACGAACCCAAGAAAUUGGGAUCGGCCAAGAAGACCGAUUACCCCGCUCCCGAACCUGGCCUCAACAAGUCUCCCUCCAACGUCGAUGAGCACUUGCUGAAGAAGCGAGACCCUGCGCCGCCCGCAUCCCAAGAUCCUCGCAAGGCAUCUGCCGACGAGGCCGCCAACAACUCUCUCAAGGACAAGCUUGAUCUGAACAGCGCCGAGAACACGGACGGCGUGUCCAACGAUGCGCCGGCCAGCGGUGGUAUUGUGGGCAAGAUCAAGGUCGAAGAACAGGCAGAGUCCCCCGACCCGAAGCCGCUCACGCAUGAAGAGUACAUUAAGGAUAAGCUGGAGCGCGAGAACAUCCCACCUGGUUUCGUUAAUAUCAACUCCCGGCGGUACAUUCUUCGGCCUGAGGCUAUCGAGUCCGUAUGGUACAUGUACCGCAUCACGGGCGAUCCCGAAUGGCAGGAGAAGGGUUGGAAGAUGUGGGAGGCUAUCAUCAAGGCGACGCGGACAGAGUACGGCAAUAGCGCCGUUGACAACGUGCUGUCUGAGGAGCCACAGCCCGUGGACGAGAUGGAGAGCUUUUGGGUCGCCGAGACGCUCAAAUACUUUUACCUCUUGUUCUCAACGCCUGAUGUCAUCAGUCUCGACGAUUGGGUGCUCAACACGGAGGCGCAUCCGUUUAAGCGGCCCGUCUAA